AUGGCAGCCGUCACCGCGGCACCCACCCUGGCCUGGUGCUACCCGGGGAUGCUGCUGGAAAGGAAAGAAAUGUUUUCCACCACCCUGACAGGGAUCUAGGACUGUGGCUUCUCUAAGACCGACCUCCUUGAUUGCUUUGGCAAGGCAGUAAAGACAGUGAAAGACAACCCUCUCAUCCUGAAUUGCCUGGCGAAAAUCUUCCACUUGCGGGGCAAGCAGGAGAUGGCCAAAGGGAUCUGCAAUAUGGCACUGGAGGUCCUCCAGGUCUCACAGCUCGAGGAGUGGGAGUACUGCACCCGGGUGCAGAUCCACAUGAAGACGCAUUUGCAAGAUCUGGAACACGCCAAGAUGGGACAGGGCCCAGUGCCUGACAGGACAAAGCUCAUACAUGCUAAAAAUGACCUUGAAAGUGUCCUCAAGACAUCAUGGAAGAACGAUUCCUGGUGGCCGAAACUCCUGGAUGGAGCCAUGGAGUUGGACCUGGGUGAUACCAUACCCGAACUGUGACUCCUCCGGGGCAAAUGCCUGUGGCUUAAAAGCCAGGAAACCCUUGCCAUCAGGAGCUUCAAGCAGGCCAUCGAACUGAACGACGCAGUCUCCACCAAGAGCCUGUGGUGCCUCCUGGACCCACUGCUCGUGCUCUUUGGUCAGAAGAAGCUGAAGACAGAAACUCUGACGCAGGAGGUGGAGCAGCGGGUUAAGGAAGCCGAGAAGCAAUUCCCGUGGCAGCGCCUGCAGCAGGAGCUGAGGGUGGUCUGCUGCCAUCGCACACCGGAGGUGAUCUGGCUCUGCAAAGCCGUGAUCGCCCAAGGGAGGCCGGAACUUGUGAAGCUGCUGUUUGAUACGAUGAAGGUCAAUUCUUCCAAGGGCAGGGUGAACGAGCAGUCACUG